AUUAAAAGUAGAUAGAGCACAUUCUUUCUGUGGCAGUCAGAGACGGGUCAGAGCUCAGUUAUGAGACUUGCUGGGGUAUCCUGUAGCAGCAGGCUAAUAUCUCGUAGGCAAUGAAGUACAGUAUUGUCAAAGUCCAAGUAGUUUUAAAUUCAAGUCUUGAACACUACUUGACGCCACUUACAUUGAAAAGUAUAUUUUCGGACAUCCUUUUGUGGUAUUCUUGCAUUCAUCGACAUCUGUCCGUGUUCACUCACACGACUCAUAGCCGACUCCUACGUAAUCCCUUUUUUUCGCUCCCUAGUAAAGGCGCGUCACUUCCUUGCCCAUCCCAGUGGGAAAAAAAGAAAUAUUGAGAAAGAAGCCAACGACAACUUGGAAAGGGCGAGGAAAGACCGAAAAUACUGAGUGAGGAGGCCAGAUGAAAAGAAGGAUAGAGAGGAGGGCGGAAGUGAAUUACAAACAUACACACAGAAAAUUGCCAUGCCUCUCCACAAGUCUCAACGGGGGCGCCUGGACCCCACCAUGAUAUCCGCCCCACUUGGGGACUUCCGCCACACCAUGCACAUUGGCCGGGGUGGUGAUGCCUUUGGAGAUACUUCCUUCCUGGCCACUCAGGGCAGCGCCUCAGCAGACUCUUCCACCCCUCUACAGCCAGGGGCAGCCAGUGACUCUGAUGCACUGCUGAACCAUAGCACAACAGACGGCAAUUGCAACAGCCAAGAUUCCGACAAGUUAAACCAGUUACAGCACUCCGAGUCCGUGUCCUCGUUCGACCUGGACCUGGACCUGGGGCCCUCCAUCUUGGGCGACGUUCUCGGCGUGAUGGACGGUCUGAAUCUGGACACUGAUUGGACUACAGGCAAGGAUGGGGGAGAUGAGGGGGAGGAGGUCUUCAGCCCCACCCGAGGAGCCCUGGAGAUGGAGACCGGCGUCGACGUGGAGUCAACCGUGAGCUCGAUGAACGAGAUGAACGAGAAGAGGCGUAUGGAGGGAGCAGAGGGAGGAGAGAACGGAGAACAAGGGAUGGAGCAGCUAAACGACGGGAACGGGUGGAAAGCCAAGGGCCUGAAGCCCAAGGUGAGGUUCAGCGAGAAACGGGAGGAGAUCAUUGGCCAGCUGGUGGAGGCCGACAGUCCGGGAGUGGAGGGCGGCGAGGAGAUGGAGUAUCCCGUCAGCCCCACGGCCCAGGUGGAGCAUGGCGGAAUGGGCACCACGGCGUCACAGGACAAGGUGCCAGGUGAGGCCGAGCCUGCCAAUCACAGAGCUGACUCACCACCGAGCUCAAUGUCGUCUGUCAGCUCCGAAUACGAGGGAGUCGCUCCAUUGGACAGACGGAGGGAGAGCGAGCCGCACUCAGAGACAGACUCAGAGGAAGAAGAAGAAGAAGGGGUAGACGGACAGCGUGGCUACACGUUUGAGGAUGAGUUUGAUGAUGAAAUAGGUGUGUAGAUAUUGAUAUCACAGGACCCACUCGUAGGAGAUGGAGUCAGGUCUCUGGCUGGGUGGCCAAUCAUGUACAGUGUAUACAUCGUCUGGUCAACAAACAAAGGGAGAUUUAACCAAAGCUCAGUUUCUGACACAGCUGAAAUAACACUUUUUAGAACUGUCUGCACAGUGAGUUUACAUAAUAGCCUCUUCCUGAUCAUUGCAUCGGAUGAACAGCCUAACAAGCCAGUGUAGUAGGGUAUGACACGAACAAAACAUUGGAUUCAAUAGCGAUUCCUGGUUCCUUUUGGUUGUUUUUGGAUUAGUCAUGUAGAAAUUGUAACAGUCAGGGCUCUAAAUUGACUUUUUUCCAUCACCAGCCAAAAUAGCUUGUAAAUGUUAAUCUUACUAGCCAAACACACACUCACUAAUGGGUCAAAGUGGCUAUUGAAUUGUUUUUUUCUACCAGCCAAACUAAAGUGUCACUGGUUGGCUGGUGUUAAUUUGGUUGCUUUUUGGAUUUGUCAUGUAGAAAUUGUGACAGUGUAAUUUCUCAGACAGCAGUUUUGGGGCACUUUAGUUUCUUUCAGUGAACUGGAAGUUUCAUGAUCAUUGCUCAGUGGAAAAUGCAUGUGUAACAAUUUAAACCAUUCCAACAAAUAAAAAAUGCCUUAAUAGUAUUAUAGUCAUAGCAUUUAAACCAAAGGUUAGUCUUACAUACUUAAGAAAAGGAAAAGCAUAUUAAAAUGUAUAGUUUUAUUGUAUGCUAUAUUGGUGCCUUCUUGAAAAGUUUUUUUUUGUCUGUAUACUCCCAUACUCUAUUUUUGUACUGAAAGUUGCCUUGGUAUAUUGUACAAAGUGUCUGAUAUAAUACAGAGUGUACCAUUUUAGAGUUUAGACGCGGAGGUUGAAACUUUCACAUAAUAGCAGGAAUUCUUCUCUUGUGAAUGCUGGAAUGCUCUUAGGACAAACCUGUAGGGCAGUGUAGGAUAAACCUGUGUACAUUCCUUGUGAUUUUACUUUUGUCUUUAAAAAAAAAAAACUUUCUGGGUGAAAUAUGCUUUUAACCGUACUGAAUACUUAUUUCAGGCCAACCUCAUUUUAAAGAGCAGUUUUAUCCAAGUAUAAUACAUAUCAUUUUGGAAACUGUGAAAGGUUCACACAAUUGAACAGUCUGGUGUGUAUUGGCUCUGAAAGUUAUCAUUAUGCUCAACCAUGAAUCAUCACUUUUAUGUGAAUGUUGCGCGUGUGAAGCUGUAAAGAAGCUUUGCAUUUUUACGAACUCCCCUCCAAAAUAUGUACAUGUACAUUAAAGAUAAGCAUUUUUAAGACAGUUAAACUGUUUUGUCUGGACUAUAAGUGUGAAGUCAGAUCAGGGCUUUGACAACAUUGUAAUAUAAAAUGUUAUUUAAUUGUCUCUUUUUCAGAUUUGUUCUAUUGGCCAAGUGGUGAAAGCUGUAAUUUCUUUAAAGCUGUAUCAACAGCAAGGCUCUGUGGUGUUCAAAGCUAGUGUUCAUAACAUACCUUAACUUGUGAUCUACACCUGCUGGUUACAUAAAUAAUAAAAUAUCUCUUGCUUCAUAGCUACA